AUUUGGCCGCAGCUGUAACCCCUCUAGCUAGAACCUCUGCUGCUUGCUUACUGCUUGGGAAGAAGGCGGGCGAAUUUGAAACCAGCGCAGAUUCGUUUAUAUCGAUGAGACAAUAUUUUGCGUUUCUACGUUGAUAUUAUCUUAUAUGACACUGUGGAAUCUUACUGGCUAGCAUCAGUUUCCCAUAGUUUCUCGAUCUGUGUCGUUUUGCAAAAUGAGCAACAAAACCCCACGAUCGACUUCGAGGGAAAGCAUCGAUCCUACCAGAAAGUCAAAUGGAGGGAGUCCCCCAAGAAGGAGGUCUUCUAGGUUGUCAGCAAAUGAUGAAAAUCUUACCUCUAAAGUUGUGGCGCCGCCAGUAGCUGUAAAAAGAUCAAUUUGUGUAAGAAAAAUUGCACCCAGGAAAACGCAGGCAUCAUCUGAAAGUAACAAGGAAAAUGCGGAAAAAUUGUUGGAAAUGUCAGUAAAGAAGUCCAAAACCUUGACACCAGCUCCAGACACAUCAACUGCACGCAAGACAACAAUCUUAUCUCCGAUUUUGCCUCCUUCAUCUCCGUCAUCUCAGCUCAAAGAAUCCGAGCAGGACCUUGUUUGGUCUCAGAGAGUUCGACGUUCCUACAGCCAGCUGAGUGUGGGGGACAAGUCCUUCGAAAGCCCUAAAUCCCAUCCCGCCUCUUCUUCUUCUUCUCCCAACAGCCGGGAGAACCUGUUUGGGUUUGAAAGGCUUCAGACGCCAGAGGUGAUGCAUAAAAAAGAACGGUCCAGGGUAGCACUUCAGAGCUCCAUGUCAUUCAGUAUGGGUUCCUUUAACAUCUCUGCUGCUGAUGAUAGCGCUACCAACCCUCCAGAAGUAGAUACGAACAUCCCUGGCGUCUGUAUGGUGAAAAAGACCAAGCGGAAGCGGGUCCAACAGAUAAAGAUGUCAGAGUUGGAUGAUCUUGCCGCACAAAUGAAUGCAGAGUUUGAAGAGGCUGAAAAGUUUGAACUUGUGACGGAAUGACGUUUUUCAGGAGCUCCAUUCAUUCAGGAUAUUUUGUACACAACAUCCUUGUGAACAUAUGGCUUGUUUAUUGUUCAGUACUUCUUAAGACUUUUUCUGUAUGCAAAAUCUUGAGUAAUUAAAAUGUGUUAUGUUCUUAGGACAUCAAGCAAAACAGUUUUAUUGUUCUUGAAAAGUACAAGAUCAUUUUAAAACACAGUGAAAUUGUGUUAACAUUUAAGGUAUUUUUGUUUAUUGUUUUUCAUACUUAAUGGAUCAGUAGGUAUG